AUGGCCAUCAUCGCUCUGGGUUGCCUCUUCCUGAUCCUUCUGGCUGGAGGAUCUCAGGCACAGUGGUCUCCUCAUCUGGUACCUCCUACUAAUAAUCUUUUGGUGCAACCUCCGCCCGCCACCUUGGCUCCUCCACCCACUUUAUCCCAGGAUCUGGAUGAAAUCCAGCGCUUGAUUCAGUACAAACCCUUGAAUCAACUACUGGUGCGCUACCUCAUCAACGAUGCCGAGUUCCAGUCGUUUGUGCGGAUCAUCAACAGCAAUGCCGCCUUCACAGCCCGUUGGCGUUUACUUUCGCAGCCGGAGCUCAUCAUCUUCCUGCAGUGGGUGGACCAGCAGCUCCUGGCCUCGGGUGGUUCCUUCGAAAUGGAGGAACAGCGUCUGAAGGUCAGUCUGUUGAACCAAUUUCCCUACUGGUCCGGCACCGUCUUCGGCUGGCAGGGAUUCCUCAACGAAGUGCAGCUCUACUUUCCACUCUACGCCAUUCGGGCUCACAUCAAUGCAAAGGUCUUGCAACAGGGCAUCUUUGCCCAGUUCUGGCUGAGAUUACAGGGUCUACAAGUGAUGUACGAACGCUGGUUGAGCUCCGUGGAAACCACACAGGUGCUGGCUGAACUUCAGAAGGCGGGAAUCAAUACAGUUCAGUUAGAUGGCAUUAUACGUGAGCUUUUCGGCUGGAAUUUAAAUGUAAAUGGAACUGCAGAGAGCACUACUCUUGCACCCGUAACUCCAAUUGCUCCCACCGUAAUCCCAGGUGCCGUUUUGCCUCCUGUGCUUGUCUAGGUUGCCUUGAAACAGUGAUGGGAGAGCUACCCAAUUUUAGGAUUCAAAAUAUAUAAUACCUAAUAGGUAGUAUAAAAGGUAUAAAUAAAUACCCAAAGAAUGCAUAA